AUGGCAUCCCGCAACAACACCAACACAGUCCACCUGACUGAGCAGGAGGCGGAGCGCAUCCGAAAAACCGUCCAGGACAAUGUAGACAAGCGUGCCGGCAUUGUUGGUCAGGCCCGAGAGUUUAGAGAUGCUCAUGGCGCCAUCAGCCAGGCGACAGGCGCAUCCCUCAUGCAGGAUAUGGGCAACAUGACAGGGUCGGGCAGUGAGGAUACGCUGCCUGCUCUCGGUGUCGGACAGGCAUACCUGCCAUCCACAGCCUCUCUUCGAGACCUGGAACCAAUGGGGUUCGCUGACCUCAAGAUGGAAACUCAUCAUAAGGGUCGGAGACUCACCAUCAAGCGUGCGGCCCCAGUAGUCACACAUGCGGCCCGGUCGUGGACCAUGGUUCAGGAUGAAGAAGCAAAAGAGACGGAAAGAUUGGAGGUUUGCCUCCACAAGACCAUGCACGGAGGAGAGCUGCUGGAGUCUGCUACCGUUUUCGAGAUUAAGGAACCUUUCUUCACCUUGACUGAAGAAGGUGAGGCAACGAUUAGGAUCGAUCAUCCUUCAGACCUUGUUCCUAGGACGGAUCCGGCCCCAGGUGCCGACAAGAAGGAGCCCGAGGUCAUGGCGAAGAAGUGCAAGGAUUUGGGCAAUGAGGCUCUCACGAAAAAGAAGCUGGGGUUGGCUCAUGCACGGUAUACCCAAGGUCUAGAGUUCGCUCAAAAGGACCUUGCGAAGGCAGCAGAUUUGGCCCGAGAUAUCUACCGCAACCGCGCUCACGUCAACCUUCUUCUGAGCCGAUGGGACGAGGCCAUCACCGAUGCUAAGGCUUCUCUUAUUGAAAAGGAUGACGACAGGUCGAAGGAGCUUGAUAGCAAGGCCUAUUUCCGCGCUGGUACUGGAGCAUACAACCUUGGAGAGUACCAGCAGGCCAAGGGCUUCUUUGAGAAGCAACUGGAACUUGCGCCUGAAGACAAGGGCGCGAAAGCCAACCUGAGGAGAUUGACCGUGCGUCUGAAGGAGCAAACCGAGGGAACUCACGACCUCAACAAGAUCAGAGCUGGCCUAUCACGAUCCUCAUCACGAGCUGACGCAGCUACCUACAACGGCGACACCGAGGUCAAGGACAGCAAGGGUCGGGGCCGUGGUCUCUUCGCUACCCGCGAUAUCCCGUCUGGGAAGAUCAUCAUGAUUGAGAAGGCAUCGUCUGUUGUUUGGGGCCACGAGAGCGAGGCUCUGACCGGAAUGACAUACGACGUCCGGGACAAGAAGAUCAGGGUGUCGCCGAUCGGUUUGACAAAGUCUAUCGUUCAACGACUUCUGAACAACCCCUCGCGCAUCGAGGGUGUUGUUGAUCUCUGGGGCGAUUACCGUGGAGACGGCAAGGGCCUCGUCAAGACCGAUGAGGGCCCAGUCGUCGACGUCUUCAGGAUACACGACAUCGUCUGCCGCAACGCGUUCGGCGCGGACGACCAGCAUCUGGGAGGUGUGCCAAAGCCGAGCACGGGUCUCUGGGUCCGCGCCGCCUACAUCAACCACUCCUGCGUUCCCAACGCCAAGAGAGAAUUCGUCGGCGACCUCAUGGUUGUCCGCGCCCUCCGCAAGAUCUCCAAGGGCGAGGAGAUCUUCCACAUGUACGACGAGUCUAGCGACUACGAGACGAGGAAGGCUGCUCUGAUGACUACCUGGGGCUUCGAGUGCGACUGUGCCCUCUGUGCGGCUGAGAAGACUGACGAGCCUGCGACGAGGAAGAAGAGGAACGAGUUGGUGGCUGAGGCGAAUGACUUCCUCAGCAAAGUUCACUGGUCGGGCGCGAAGCGCCUCAACGUUCUCAAGGCGCAGCGUCUUGCGAACUCGAUCGACGAGACCUAUGGCGGCAAGAAGUAUGAGGGUCUGUCUCGUCCGGCAUCGCAGGGUAUCAGAGAAUGGCUUGCGAGAGCGAACCAAUAG